AUGUUUGUGCUGAAGGUGGGAGGGGCCGGGUUGUUUACCGUUGUCAUGACAACAGCGGUCUACUACUACUGCACACUACCGCUGACAGGUUUUCCUGAACCAGGGAAAGUCACGACCAUCGUCAUGUUUGUUCAGUUUCAGAGAUUCAUGGGGAGGAUUUAUGAGUUCUUGGGGUUCGGAACGAGCUUAGACUAUCGAAGGAAGGCCGGACGCAAACGCCGCCCGCCUGUAGAUGACCCAACUUUGCUGGUGACGGACACGGCCUUUGAUGGGGUCAAAGUGCGGGUCUACCAGCCACGGGGUCAAGGACAGGUCAAGGACGGGGCGGGUCUGGUCUUCAUGCAUGGCGGCGGAUGGAUACUGCCGUCUGUAGAUUUUUUCGACCACGUGACGAGACACAUAGCUAAGUCAACUGGUGCAGUGGUUGGUUCAGUGGACUUUUGGCUGGCGCCUGAGCACAUGUUCCCCAUACCGUUCAUCGAAGACUGCCUCAACGCUACCAAGUACUUCCUAUCCCACGCGGGUGAGUUCGGAGUGGACCCUGGUCGUGUGGGGGUGGCGGGCGAUAGCACAGGGGGUAACCUGGCAGCGGCAGUGGCUCUCAAACUAACUCAAGAAAGCAGCACCAACGUCUGUCCUCUCAAACUACAGGCCUUGGUCUACCCCGCUCUUCAACAUUUCGACUUCCAGACAGACUCGUCUGUGGACAAACUGUGA